AGCCUAGGUUGGAGAGUGCAGGUAUGAGCAAGGAGACAUUCCGUCAAAAGGCGAAAGUGCAAUGGAAAAAGACUGGUUAGCACUAAAAGAAAAUUUUGAUAACUUUGAUAACAUAAAAAAGAAACCUCGUCCCCCAAAACCAAAUAAUGCCAUUACAAUCGCUGUGUCUUCACGAACAUUAUUCAAUAUGAAAAAAGAGAGACAAGUAUAUGAAGAAGAAGGGCUGGAGAAAUAUGUUCAGUAUCAACUGGAGCAUGAAGGCCAACCUCUUUUACCCGGGGUGGCAUUUCCCUUUGUGAAGGCUCUCUUGAAUGUGAACUCACAUUUACGAGAACUCUAUCCAGACAGCGAGGAACUGUUUGAUAUUGUCCUAAUGACAAACAACCAUGCCCAGGUUGGAGUACGUCUCAUCAACAGCAUCAAUCAUUAUGAUUUAACAAUUGAGAGGUUUUGCAUGAGUGGUUCAGAAAGUGCUGUGGGCUACCUGAAAGCCUACAUGACUGACCUCUACCUGUCCAAGGACUCAGAGAAGGUUAGAGAGGCCAUAGAGGAAGGUAUUGCUGCCGCUACUAUGUUUGCCUGUGACAAUGAGAACGAGCUGAGUGACACACAACUACGUGUCGCCUUUGACGGAGAUGCCGUUCUAUUCUCAGACGAAUCAGAGAUCAUAGCGAAGACGAAAGGACUGGACACAUUCUUUGAACACGAGAAGAUAUUUGAAAACAAGCCCCUAGCACAGGGGCCUCUAAAAGGAUUUCUGGAGGCACUGGGGAAACUUCAGCGAAAAUUUUAUGCCAAGGGAGAACGUUUGAGCUGUCCCAUCCGCACAUACCUUGUUACCGCUCGGAGUGCAGCCAGUGCAGGGGCUCGAGUCCUGAAGACCUUCAGAUGUUGGGGCCUGGAGGUGGACGAAGCACUGUUCUUGGCAGGAGCUCCAAAAGGACCCCUGCUGCAAAAGAUCAGGCCUCAUAUCUUCUUUGAUGAUCAAAUGUUUCACAUUGAAGGAGCCCAAGAACUGGGAACAAUCGCUGCUCAUGUACCCUAUGGAAUUGGACAGAAAUACUAUAAAGGGAAUCUCUUACAGGAAAACAAUUUAAGAAAUUGACAAAAAACGUUAGUCCAACUCUUUUCCAUAACUCUAUACCUUCACACCAGGACCACAUUUCGGACAAAAUAUCUGCACAAAAACACUCAGGCACAGAGUAUGUAAUUUGUUGAGAUUUACAUUUCAGACAGAACAAAUUGUAUCAUUUGUGUAACAUGCAGUAGUGCAGACUAGGACUGGGUUCCAUCUCCCUUGCACGCUCCCUCUCUCUCUCUCU